AGGGCGGCUGCGUCACCUGACGCACGGCUGUGGAGCAAUGGCGGCGCCCGUGCUGCGCUGGAGCUGUCCCGCUAGGCGUUGGAUUUUGGCCAACAUUGACCGCGGUCCUCGCCACGGAAGAGGGUCUCCGACUGGGUCCAGGUCCAGCGGGAAAAGGGGACAGAGCUCAGUGGCUCAGCAGCCCCUCGCCACGGCCCAGAAGCCGAGGAAAGGUGAACACCAAUGGGCAGCCGUGGUGGGUUUGGAAAUUCAUGCCCAGAUUUCCUCGAACUCGAAACUCUUCUCUGGAUCUCAAGUCCACUUUGCAGCACCUCCAAAUUCUUUAGUAUCUUUCUUUGAUGCAUCUCUGCCUGGAACAUUGCCGGUUCUCAACAGGAGGUGUGUAGAGGCAGCAGUGAUGACAGGCCUGGCACUGAACUGCCACAUAAACAAGAAGUCCUUGUUUGACAGGAAGCACUACUUCUAUGCAGACCUCCCUGCAGGUUACCAAAUUACCCAGCAGAGGCUCCCGAUCGCUGUGAAGGGCAGCUUGGCGUACAGUGUCUUUGUGGGGAAGAAUCGGAAUCAGGUGAUCAACAAGACAGUGAGGAUCAAGCAGAUCCAGCUGGAGCAAGACAGUGGCAAGAGCCUUCACGAUGACCUGCGUUCCCAGACGCUCAUUGACUUGAACAGGGCGGGAGUUGGCCUUCUGGAAGUGGUCCUGGAGCCUGAUAUGUCCUGUGGAGAAGAGGCAGCAACAGCUGUCAGGGAGCUGCAGCUUAUACUUCAAGCCCUGGGGACCAGCCAGGCAAACAUGGCAGAGGGCCAGUUGAGGGUGGAUGCCAAUAUAUCUGUGCAUCAUCCUGGGGAGCCUUUGGGUGUUCGAACUGAAGUGAAGAAUCUCAACAGUGCCAGGUUCUUGGCCAAAGCAAUAGACUAUGAAAUUCAGAGGCAAAUCGAAGAACUUGAGAAUGGAGGAGAAAUUCUGAAUGAAACUCGCUCCUUUGAUUGCAAGCUGGGGUGCACUGUGCCGAUGAGAGACAAAGAAGGAAAGCAAGACUACAGGUUUAUUCCUGAGCCCAACCUGCCUCCCCUGCUGCUCUAUGAUUCAGCGUCUCUCCCUGCUGGUGCAGACCCACAGCAAGUGAUCAAUAUCGACCAGCUUCGAGAGCAGCUCCCCGAGCUCCCCAGGGUGACCCGGGAGAAGCUCGUCCAGCAGUAUGGGAUGCUACCGGAACACAGCUUCACCUUACUGAAUGAAGUUGGCCUACUGGAGUUCUUCCAAAAUGUGAUGAAAGAAACUAGGGCAGAGCCAAAAAGAGUGACUAGUUGGGUCCUCAACACUUUCCUGGGUUUUUUAAAGCAACAGAACCUUGCUGUCAGUGAGAGUCCUGUCACACCUUCUGCACUGGCCGAGCUUCUCAACCUACUGGACCAGAAAACAAUAUCUUCAGCCGCAGCUAAAAAGGUGUUUGAGGAGCUGUGGAGGAGUGGAGGGAAGACUCCAGCACAGAUUGUUUCAGAAAAGAGGCUUGAACUGAUGCAGGAUCAAGAGGCCCUGGAAGAGCUCUGCCAGGCUACGAUGGAGAAACAUCCUCAAGUGGUAAUGGAUCUGAAGAAGGGAAACCCCAGAGCUAUAAAUAAACUGAUUGGCUUGGUCCGAAAAGCGACUCUCAAUCGAGCAGACCCCACUGUGAUAAAGGAGAUGCUGGAGAGGCAGCUGUCAUCAUGAGGUACUUCACUCCGUCUGCCUGAGGGAGAGAAUGGAGCCACGACACAGAGCCAGAGCCUCGGAACCCAACGUCCGCGAGCGAGCUUGACGCGCCGGCAUCCCCCAAUCCCUGGGUGCCACCUCCACAGGCCAGCAGCCUUACCUGUUCGCAUCACUGACAUCAAAAUGGCUCCAUCAUAGCUGCAAAGGUGGUUAAUUAAGCACAUUCUAGUGCUUAAUAAUUCUGAGCUAAAUGAAACAUGCUGUUUCUGAUACUGUUACCUAAGAAAAAGUUCAUUAUGCAGUUAUUUCAGCAAAUAUUUCUGAGCACAUCCUAAGGGCCAGCAGUGAUUGAAAGAGACCAGAAUCUGGGUGCCGUAUUUUAGACCUAAAAAGAGGUUGAUGAAGAGGAAAGAGGAAGACAGCAAGAUAAAUCCAUUGACAGUGUGUUUAGAUUUGUCUCCUGAGGGCAGGAGAGGAGGAUGUCGGUCACCCAUCCACUGAGUAGAAGUGGUGCCCAUUCAAUCAACGCCCUAGGAGGGCAUACUCUGAGAAUAAAUGGAUUUUUUCUUUUUGGUAAAAUAGACAACAGAAGUUUUCAAAUAAAUUUAAUGAAUAAAAUAUGUAUUGAUAUAUCACAUUAAAAAUUAACAUUUUAAAGAUUGUGCAGUUGACAAUUCCCCUGCCCCCUCAGGCCAAGAGAGAUAAAAAAGAGAAAUAAUAAGUUGUAACAUUAAGUUGAUCUGUUUUGCCCGGAAAGAAUAAGAUUAUAAACUGGCAAAUCAAAAUUUUGACCUUUAAUGGUAAUUGUGGUGCCAUUACAGCAUCUCCGUGAAGUCGGGUGCCUUUGCCGCUGUUCUCAAGACAGUAAUACUCUUUCUGUCCGUCGCACUGGGCGCCCCUUUGCCCAUUUAAUGCCUUUUUACCUCUGACUCACCAUGCUUAAAGGCCUGUUUUGUAAGUGGUGGUUUUUAAAAGCACAUGUCAAAUUGUGACAUACAUGAGAGAGGAAACAUUUUGGAAGCCCUACUUUACCCUGAAUUCUUUAGCCUACAAAGAAAAGUAUAAACAUUUCAGGCAUGAAUGGUGCUCCCAUGGCGGCGGAGAAAAGACCUUCCCCAUCACCAGUUAGCAGUGAUGGUCGCAGACGCAGGACUUCCUAAGCAGGUAAUGGGAAAAGCGAUCCUCUGGCUAAUUUAGAAUUAGAAUAUGUUAUACCCCCCAAGAAGCUAUGUGUCCCCCAUUCUGUCCCAAUACUGACAACCACUGGGCCUAAAAGUAAAGUAUCACCAUUGAACCUCUUUUCCAGAGAGAAAGGCAAGUCCAUUCUCUCUCUCUCCCCACAAGUCUCAGAAUUAAUUUCAAACAGGUAAGGACAUUGUGAGGUUGGAAUCUGGCAGGAUCAUUAUUUUGCAAAGCCUGGCUUCUUAGUCAUCAAACUUGACAGAAUGCACUGGAGGAGCUUUUCAAACCAUUGGAAAUCAAGGGCUGGUUUAAACUCUUACAUCAAGUGUACACUGUACUAUGGACUGACCGUUCUCAGAGAAACAUGCCGUCUUCAACUCACUCGAGCUUCACCAAGCUGACUGUGGUCCUGGAAUCCCACUGCUGAAAUCCUAAAAAUCAGACUAUUGUGUGGUUAUAACUGCUUAUGAGAAAAAGAAAAAUCAUACCACAGCUCAGAUAUCUUACUUCCUGUAAGAACCUGACUAGAUAUUCAGAAGAUAUGUUCACGUAGUACCCUAAGAAAUCCACGAAAUCUGGCUCUGCUCCCAAUAGACCUCAGUGAAUACAGUUUUAAAUACAGUAUGACUUUGCAAGA